GUCUAGUAACGUAUUAAUUAUAUAGUGAGACUAGAUAAAGGGGGGGAUGACGCUAGACGACGAAUUAUUUAAUGAUCCCGUCAAUGACGAAGAUAUGCUCGAAGGGGACGAUGAUGAUGAAGAAGAAGACGAGGAUGAUAUGAAUUUGAAGGAUGAUGCAAUGGAAGAUAUAGAAGAACAAGGUCAAGGAGAGGACGAGGAUGAUGUUGUAGAAGAGGAAGAAGAUGGAGAAGAAGGCAAUGAUGAUGACGAUGACGAGCAAGAAGAUGAUGAUGAUGCAGACGAUGAUGAAGGUGAGGAUGGAGACGGUGAUAAUCCCGAUGAAUCAAAAUAUAUGGAUGCAAAGGAAACACCUGACCCAAUUGAUGAAGAUAAGGAGAAUGAAAAGAAGAGAGAGCUUAGAAAAAAUAAAGAAGAUAUUCUCGGGAUGCUUCGGGAUGAUGAAAGAGAACAAUCAGAAAAAUCGAAUAAUGAUAUACAAGAAGAUAACAAGACAGAUAUAAAAAGAGAUGAAUCCGAGGAAGAUAAAUCCACAAAGGAGAGUAAGAAAUCGUUUAAAGAAAGAAUUCAACAUGAAGCUGAAGUUGCAACAAAAUUUGAUAUUGUUCCCACUGUAGCUAUACCAUACUCAACACAAUGUCAUGCAAUUGCCUUCAGUGAAGGACCAAGGUCGAUAUUAACUGGUGGUGAAGAUGGAUUCAUUCGGAAAUAUGAUUUUAUUGCAUCCAUUGAAGGAAAAUCGCCCUUGACCAUGGCUCAGAAGCACAAUUUGGUUGAUACGGUCACAAAGGCUGGGGUAAUUGUAUCAUAUUGGGAAAAUGAACAACCUCAAUCAAGACAAGAAAUUUUAAACUCUAAUCCAAAGUUGAAAUGGGGUGACUUUGCUGCAGGAACAGCCAGUUAUGAACCAAAAAUCAGCCCAGUGUAUUCAUUGGACGUCAACAGAAAUGGUUACUGGUGUCUUUCUGGUCUGUCAUCUGGAGGUAUAUCCCUCUAUUCCAUGCGUUAUAAUGAAGGAUCGAUACAUCAUUAUUUCAUGCAUGGGUCGAAAAACCGACAAUCUAGUCUUCAAACUGGUCACAAGGACACUGUUUCGGUCAUCAAGCUUAAUACUGAACAAGAUAAGUUUUUAUCUGGAUCUUGGGAUAAAACUAUCAGAGAAUGGGACUUGAACACAGGUAAAUGUAUUAAUUUAUUUCAAGGAAGUUCUGGACAAAUUUCUAAUAUUCAAUAUCGACCAAUGGGUCUCUCAGAUAUGUCCAUUAGUUUGGAUGAAGAAGGAGAACAAAAUGGCACAGCUACAAAGUCAAGUUCUUCCACUUCUAAUCAAAACGAAGACGCACAAAAUAGUGACAUGGAUUCAUUAUUCGGUGAUAGUGACGAAGAAGAAGAUGAUCAACAAACUAACAAACGUAAAUCGACCGAAUCUCAAGAUACCACAAUAAAACCAACCUUCAAUAAUUCCAAGAUAUCAAAUAAGGUAUAUGGAAACGAAAAUGUUUUUAUGAGUUCAAGUAUUGACGGAACAAUUAAUAUAUGGGAUGUUAGAUCAAGUGAGAGUCGGAAUUCUGUACUUCGAUUGGGUGUUCCAGAUAACACGCCUCCUUGGUGUAUGUCAUCUACUUGGUCUAAUUGCGGAGAAUUUAUUUAUGCCGGUAGAAGAAAUAGUACUGUUGAAGAAUUCUCGAUAAAAAUGCCACACAAGAGAUCUAGAACUGGUCAUAAUAAAGAUACUAUGACUCCAAAUGUGCUGAAAACGCUUCAAUUCCCUAAGAUUUCGGGACCUAUUAGUUCGAUUUCUACCAUGCCGAAUAAGGAUUUCUUACUCUGUGGGUCCAAUGAUAAUAUCCGUUUAUACAACCUUAGUCUUUAUAACGGGGUGGAGAAUAGUAAUAUUAGCACUAAAUCUAAACCAGCUACACCAUUUAUGAUUAUUCCUGGCCAUCAUGGUGGAAUACUUAGUGCCUUAUGGCUAGAUGAUACUGGGAGAUUCAUGGUCAGUGCCAGUGGAAAUAGAGGUUGGGGCCAUUCUAACUACACAGAAACGAUCUUGCUUUACGAAAUUGAUUUUGAAAAUUAACACAACCAUGGAAGUGAAAUGUCUAUUAUAGAAUCUUUUUAUUUAAAAAACUGAAAUAAAAUAUAUCAUGAGAGUGAAAUUUCCAUCUAUUUGUUACUUUUUGUAAGUCAAGUUAGAUA